GAAAAGUGCAUUAUCCAAUACUGUUUCUACACAUACAUACAUACAUACAUACAUACGCGCUUCUAAAGCUGCAGGUCAUACUUACUUGCAUAUUUGGCCAUUCCCAUCAAUUUUCUACCUAUCUUUAAGGAAUUAUUGGAUCACUGGUGGUGAUCAAGUCUCUUCGAUUCACAUCUUCCACCAAUCUCCUUGAAUAUAUCAAAUAUUCUUCUUCAUCUGCUAUUUGAUCCCCAAAUUCUCAAUCCGCAAACCCAAAGUCACAACAUAAAUGUCCUACGAUCGCCCUCGCUCACGUGGAUUCUUCGAACGCGAUCAUCAAGGCCACGAACGCAUCAUUUUUCGCUCAAACUCGAACUCUCAUCGUCGCUCCACCUCCCAAUCCCGCACUAUGGUUCAUGAAUUAGCAAGCGACCUCGAAGACCGCAAUGCCGAACUACAAGCUGUUGCCGAAUCACUCAAAACAGAACUCGCACUUGCAGAGAGCAGAAACUGGCAAUUGAUUUCUGAUAAUAGUGCCUUGCGAGAUAUAGUCCAUGUACUUAAGGGAGAUAAAGAGGUUCUGAGAAGGGAAAGUGAGAGAAAGAGUGAGGAUAUCGAGUAUCUUGAAGAAAGGGUUGCGAAGCUGGAGGGGAAGAGGGAAAGAGCUGAGUCUAGAGGUGAGAAGGCGGAGGAGAGGGUUAGAUUAAUGAGAAGGGGGUUGACUGGAAGAGGAAUUCUGAAUGAAGGGGGCUUAAAAGAAAGACUUGAAGAUAAAGUUGCCGAGAUUGAGAGGCUGAUGGAGUUAAUCAAAGUUAUGGAUGGUAAGAUCAGUGAGAGAAACAGAUGGUUGGCGGAGAAGGACAAUAAGUUGGGACAGUUGAAAAGGUGGAUUGUGGGUAGAGGAUUUCGUGUUGAGGGGGUUUGAGUGGGUUGUUAGGUACGAUGUCUAUUUCACGAUUUACGGAUUCAGAUUCAACAUCCAAAGCGACGUCGAUGUUCUUAACUUCAUCGACAACGAGAAAGAGGCGAAUUUUCAUAAGGUUUUCUCGUCAUUCAUUUCGUAUGAAUAUUUGGGAGUGACGAUGAGAAGGGGGGACACA